UUUUUUCUAUGACACAGGUGGAAGAAGGCUUUGUUAUCUUGCUCCCGAGAGAUUUUAUGAGCAUGGAGGUGAAAUGCAAGUUGCACAAGAUGCACCAUUAAGUCUAUCUAUGGAUAUCUUUGUUGUAGGGUGUGUGAUUGCUGAGCUUUUCCUCGAGGGUCAGCCCCUAUUCGAACUCUCACAACUUCUCGCUUAUCGUAGAGGGCAAUGCGAUGCAAGUCAACAUCUUGAAAAGAUACCAGAUUUUGAAAUCCGCAAAAUGAUACUUCAUAUGAUUCAGUUGGAACCGGAGCUGCGGCUUUAUGCUGAUAGCUACCUGCAGGAGUAUACACCGAUUGUGUUUCCGAAUUACUUCUCUCCGUUUCUGCAUAACUUUCAUUGUUUCUGGAACUCGCUUCAUUGUGAUAUGAGGAUUGCACUUUGCCAGAGUGUGUUUCCUGAGAUACUGAAACAAAUGAUGAGCAGUAGGUCAACUCUGGACACUAGCACUGGACUUGGAACUCCUUCAAAUGUCUAUGGAGUUAGCAGUAAAUCUUAACAGGACUUGAUUGCAAUGCAGAACAUAAAGUUGACAAAGGGCUCACUGGGAAAUAAAGUAGAGAUGGAUAAAGGUUCAAAACGUGAUCAAUUUGAACUUCUUGGUGAUAUCAAAACCCUUCUCAGAGAUGUUAAACAAAGUAAUCAGUAUUCUAAUACAAAGUCAAUGCCUGUGGACAACUCUGAUUCUGCAAUUUCCCAAAAUCUUGGAAACUAUGGCAUGCAAUCUCCUGAUGAAUUACUUCAGACAAUCUCUAAUGCAUAGGAUUAUCCUUUUCUGAAAAAGGUUACACUGAAUUAUCUGAAUUCAUUGAUGUCCGAGUAUGACAGCCAGUCAGAUACCUUUGUCAUGCCUUUUCCACCAUUACCUGAAGACAGCUUGAGAUGUGAAGGCAUGGUUCUAAUCACCUCUUUGCUAUGUUCCUGCAUACGCAAUGUCAAAUUGCCUCAUUUAAGGAGGAGGGCAAUACUUUUGCUGAAGUCAUCUGCAUUGUAUAUUGAUGAUGAUAACCGUUUGCAGCGUCAGGCAGAAAUUGUGCGUUCUGCAGCCUUAGAGACGUUAUGUGACAUUCUCCCUCUGGUUCGAGAUUUUCCACCUAGUGAUGCAAAAACAUUUCCAGAGUAUAUUCUGCCAAUGCUUUCCAUGCUUCCUGAUGAUUCAGAGGAAAGUGUAAGGAUAUGCUAUGCAAGUAAUAUAGCUAAGCUGGCACUAACUGCUUAUGGUUUCUUAGUUCACUCAAUAGCCUUGAGUGAGGCUGGUGUGCUUGAUGAAUUAAGUCCUAAGAAGCAACUGGGAUCAUCUAGUGAGCCAUCUGGUCAGCUCCACAGGUUAAAUGGUGAUGCACAGCUUGCCCAGUUGAGGAAGUCUAUAGCUGAAGUCAUUCAGGAGCUUGUUAUGGGUCCGAAGCAAACUCCCAAUAUUAGGAGAGCUCUCCAGGAUAUUAGCAAUCUAUUCUGCUUCUUUGGCCAGAGGCAGAGUAAUGAUUUUUUGUUACCCGUUCUCCCUGCUUUUCUGAAUGAUUGAGAUGAGCAGCUAAGAGCUGUAUUCUACGGCCAAAUUGUGUACGUAUGUUUCUUUGUUUGUCAAAGAAGUGUUGAAGAAUAUCUUUUACCUUACAUUGAGCAGGCUGUAACUGUAAGUGAUGCUACAGAGGCCGUUAUUGUCAAUGCAUUGGACUGUUUGGCAAUUUUGUGCAAAAGUGGAUACUUGCGGAAGAGGAUACUCCUAGAAAUGGUUGAGCGUGCAUUUCCAUUAUUAUGCUAUCCUAGUCAGCGGGUAAGAAGGUCAGCUGUCAGUUUUAUUGCAGCUAGCAGUGAUGCAGUAGAUUCCUAUGUAUUCCUUACUCCCGUUAUUCGUCCCCUUCUUCGUAGACAGCCAGCAUCUCUUGCUUCUGAGAAGGCUCUCUUUUCUUGUUUGAAGAGUCCUGUCUCGAGACAGGUAUUCUACGAUGUUCUAGAAAAUGCAAGGAGUUCAGAUAUGUUGGAAAGACAGAGAAAGAUAUGGUACAAUUCUCAGCCUCAGUCUAAUCAAUGGGAAAGUGUGGAUUUACUUCACAAAGGGGUUGUAGAAUUGAAUUCGAUGAAGAGCUGGACAGACGAUCAAGAAAUUUCUGAGGGUCAAAAACAAGCAGGAAAUGAAUUGCAACAAAGGAAGCUAACUGAAAGUGAUGAUGGCGAGGCUAAGUUUAGAAGUAUGGGAAGCUUUACGCGUAAUGCUUCAAGCACAGUUGACAUUCACGAUCCUUUAUCCUCUGAAAAGUUGCAGUACUCGGGCUUUAUGUGGCCACAGGGAAGUACUGUGAAUAGCUUUAUGUGUGAUAAGUCAUGAGUAGGGAUACCUCUGUACUCAUUUAGCAUGGACAGGCAAGUAGUGGGAGUUACUCCUGCUCCUGAUUCUCCAUUACAAGUAAGUUCUGGAGGAGUUGGUGCAUCAUCUAUGCCAUGGACUGACCCAGUGAAUAAAUCUUUUAGUCUAGGUAGUAAUGUUCCAGGCCCAGCACCCAAGCUCGUGUCAGGAUCAUUCCACAUCAGUAGUGGUUCCAAACAAUUCUAUCGUGUCCAUGAACCAGAUGGUAGGGAUAAUGACCAAACAACCUUUCUCAAUGGCAAGUUUCAAGAUUUGGGCAUAUCUAGUGCUACAAAAGCAAGUUCUAUAACUGUGGAUGAUGCAUCAUCCACGAGUGAUCUAACAGGAUCGCCCUCUACUGCAAGAGCUUCAUCAAUUCCAGAUUCUGGUUGGAGGCCUCGUGGCGUUUUGGUUGCACACUUGCAAGAGCAUCGGUCUGCUGUCAAUGACAUAGCUAUUUCAACUGAUCAUAGCUUCUUUGUGAGUGCAUCUGAUGAUUCCACUGUCAAGGUAUGGGGUUCAAGAAAGUUGGAAAAGGACAUCUCAUUUAGGUCAAGAUUGACUUAUCAUCUGGAGGGAAGCCGUCCACUAUGUACUGCAAUGCUCCGGGGCUGUGCUCAAGUUGUAGUUGGGGCAUGUGAUGGCAUGAUUCAUUUAUUUUCUGUUGACUACAUUUCCAGAGGUCUUGGUAAUGUAGUUGAGAAAUACUCAGGGGUUGCUGAUAUCAAGGACACAAAAGAAGGGGCAAUACUUAGUCUCUUGAAUAUGUCUGCUGACAACUGUUCAAAUCAGAUGGUUAUGUACAGUGUUAAAAUGUAUCCAUAAAAGUAUCAUAAACACAUUAACAAUACUCUCUCCUUAGCACUCACUUGUGAGAAAUGUUUUUGUGCGUUCUUUAUAGCUUGUAGAGGGAUCCCCUUAUAUACUAGUCAGACUCC